AAAAAGGAAACAAAAACGGCGCGGUACUUUGCUUGCAUUUUAUUUUACUAAACAAUUGUUCUCUUUAAAUUUACAUUUGGUCUAUUAAACACCAUAUUCUUAUACUUUCUCCUUGCACAACACAAGCAAUUUUACAAAAAGAUGGGGCAGUACUGGUUCCUCGCAUGCAUCGACAGACGUGAAAUUACGUCUUACGACAACGGGCUCAAACUGGGCGAGACCAUGCUCCAGGGCUAUUGCGAUAUGCUUUGCAAGAUGCUGGCAUAUAAAACCCACUUUAUCCGCUCAACUCCUCUUCCUGUGACGCAGACCGUCGCGCUAAAGGACAAGAAGCUCUCUGCCAUCGAGGAGCUCCCUGACUUGAUCAUUGACAUGAUUUUCUCAAGUCUGACAGAGUAUAGCUAUAUGGAAAACCCCAAAUCGGUAGAUGCCAUUCUGUGCUUUGCACUGUCGUGCCACCGCUUCUUGGACUUUGGGCGCCGCCAUUUGCUUAAAGACUUUAAAUUGCGUAGUCAGCCAGAAAACUGGAGUGGUCAUCGGAUCAUUUGUGUGGGCGACUAUGCAGAUGAUAUUCCCCCGGGUUUUCUCUCCGAUUAUGAGUGCGAGGAGCUCGGCAAUAGAACUCUUUUUGAGUUUGUUAAAACAUUCGGAGGGCCAUCGAGACUUUUUGCGUAUACCCCAGCUCGAACCUAUCACCACGCAGGCAAAACCGCCUCAAAGCGCCUCAUCAAGGCGCUGUUGCCCGAAUUCAGGAACGUUAGUCAGCGGGACAAAGAUACCGUUAUUCGGAAUCUGACGACCGACGAGUAUAUCCGCGCUGAAGCUUUCCACGCAACGCUUGAUAAAUUUAAUCUUGAAGACAUGCUGCUUUCGCGGAUCGGCUGGUCGUCGGACCCUUCGGUCGCGUUGGUUAACAAAGUCGGCUUUCACCGGGGCACUUGGGCUGGCCAUUGCAUUGAUUUGAACACGGCAGAUACCGUUGACAGCACCUGGAAGGAUGUGACCAAAGAAUCAUACGAGUGGAUCAAAACCAUCUACGAGGACCAGUCUGACGAAUAAUUUUCCAUAUUUCGAUUUGAUUUAGUAUGCUAUAAAUGCAGAUGCUAAAGCUAAAAAUAGGAGUUCUAAAGCCAUCAAAAUGAACUGCCAAGUGUAUAAUUAAUUCCAUGCUUUUCG